AUGUCCUUUCCUUACUCCCAGGAUGCUCGCCGCCGGCGGGUCGGAGCCGGCGCCGGCUUCAGCUCCACUGGUAAUCGGACCGUCCUGGGAUACUGGGUGCCUCUAGCUGUCACCGUGGGCAUCGCAACUGUCAGCAUUGCAGCCUGGAUCUGGAGCGAACGCAGCGAGGACGAUGACGAUAAUAAUAACAAUAAUAAUAACGACCGCGAUACUACUAUCCCCCCUCCGCACGACGGCCGCUUCCCCGCCCCCGAGGGUUACCCUCAUGGCGAAUAUGCGGACGAUUACGCCCGUUCAACCGCCACGGAUAUACCAGGGGAUGAUGCUAGCAUGAUGGCGCGCAUGCAGGGUGCGCUGCGCCGCACUCCUAGUCCUCAGCAGAUCUUCGAUGGCGCUAGCAAGAAGGUUGCUGCGGGAGUCGCUGCCGCGGGAGCUUUCGUGGGUGGUGCGCUGACCUCGAUUCGUGAGGAAGAUAGGGGUGACUUUGAGGAUCAUUCUCGCUGGUCGGAGGAGGUUGCUUCGAGAGCUCAGCGCGCGGAACAGUCUGCGCCGACUAUGACGGGGGCGUUGCCGGUUCGUGAUGUUGGUGUUGGCGGCCCAGUGUCUGCUACGAAGAAGAGGACUGUUGCGAUUGUGGUCUCGUCGGAGUCUGCGCAGGUGGAUCCGGAGGAUAUCGUUUCUCAGCAUGUGUCUAUCCUUUCUCAUCUCCCUGAACAUGUCAACCUGGAUACGGCUAGGGUCUUCAUCAUGAUCUAUGCCCCCGGUCUCAAGCACGCCCCGAAGCAGGGAAACUCCUCUCAGCCGGACUUGUCUGUUGCCUCUUCCUAUUCCAACAUCGCCCCCGAAGAAGCUGUUGCGUCUGGUGAGCUUCCCGAGGGAGAGUCGUCUGCGGAAUCUCGCCAGGUCGAUGAGGAAGAGGGCUCUACACCACUGUUCAAGACGAUGUACACCCAGGCGCAGGCACUUGUGGAGAAGGAGAAUACCAUCAUGCCCUUCAGCACCGCGACAGGGUUUGUGCAUCUUCUUCGCCAUCUUUCUCCGGAGGUAGUGUAUGUUCAGGAGUCCCUUACCGGGGAAGCAGGAGAGCAUGUAAAGCUCUUCUCUGGCUGGGUUCGGGAGACGGUCAUCGUCGUCGGAGGCGAAAUCGGUCACGGUGGUCUUGUUGACAGCGACGAUGAGUCUGCUCUUGCAGACAAGGGCGAGAAAUGGUGGCAGAAGGAGGGUGUCACUGGCAUUGGCAAGCGGAUCAACGUGGUCGAUGUCCACCGCAUUGGUGAUGAUUGGAGGCGGAGGGUGUCUGGUCACGACUAG